CUGGAAGUAGCUGUUGUAGACAAUUCCCGCAGACUGACUGCAACUUGCGAUGGGUUGCGACGGUGGAACUAUUCCUAAGAGGCACGAACUGGUGAAGGGGCCAAAGAAGGUUGAGAAGGUUGACAAAAAUGCUGAAUUAGUCGCCCAGUGGAAUUAUUGUACUCUAAGUCAAGAAAUAUUAAGGCGACCAAUAGUUGCCUGUGAAUUGGGAAGACUUUAUAACAAAGAUGCUGUCAUUGAAUUUCUUCUGGAUAAAUCCUCUGAAAAGGCUCUUGGAAAAGCAGCAUCUCACAUUAAAAGCAUUAAGAAUGUGACAGAACUGAGGCUUUCUGAUAAUCCUGCCUGGGAAGGGGAUAAAGGAAACACAAAAGGUGACAAGCAUGAUGACCUUCAGCGAGCACGUUUUAUCUGCCCAGUUGUGGGCCUGGAGAUGAAUGGCCGACACAGG